AGCCCAGAAGAAAAAAAGUAAUCCCGAGCCCAGCCUCAGAAAAAACAAAAAGACGGACGGCCUCGGGCAGCGCUCCCCGCCCGCCGCCACCGCCACCGCCGCCGGAGCGUCCCACGUCGGCGAUCGUCGCCUCUUCCUCAGCUAGCCUCCGCCGCCGUGGCCGUCGCUCCGUUUUCCUCCACGCGGCUGUCAGGCUCCGGCCCAACUAGGUCCCCUACUAGUGGAGUUAGGUCCAGCGCCACAUUGCCGCCGAGCCGAGCCAAGUAGGCCGCCGCCGCCGCACCUUGCCGACUCCGCUGCCGCUGCUGCGCUACAACCAGCGCCGAUAUCCUCGCUCCCCCACAAAGCGGACGGUGACCACGAGGGAGGGAGGGAGAGAGAGCGGCGGAGAAGCCGAAGCCGAAGCGAAGACGAUGCAGUGGUACCUGGUGGCCGCGCUCCUCACCGUCCUCACAAGCUCGCAGGGUAUCUUGACUACACUCUCACAGAGCAAUGGCAAAUAUAAGUAUGACUAUGCAACAAUUCCAUUUCUUGCAGAACUUUUCAAGCUGUCUGUCUCAAGCUUCUUCCUUUGGAAGGAAUCCCAGUCUUCAUCGCCACCAAGGAUGACAAAAGAGUGGAGGAGUAUAAGACUAUACCUUGUUCCUUCGGUCAUAUAUCUCAUCCACAACAACGUGCAAUUUGCUACCUUGACCUAUGUUGAUCCAUCUACCUAUCAGAUAAUGGGAAACCUGAAAAUUGUCACAACUGGAAUUUUGUUCAGGCUUGUCUUAAAGCGGAAGUUGUCAAAUCUACAAUGGAUGGCAGUAGUUUUACUUGCUGUUGGAACAACUACAAGUCAGGUUAAAGGAUGUGGCGAUGCUCCAUGUGAUUCUCUUUUUUCAGCCCCAUUGCAGGGUUACAUGCUUGGGAUACUUUCUGCUUGCCUUUCUGCAUUAGCUGGUGUCUACACUGAAUAUUUGAUGAAGAAGAACAAUGAUAGUCUGUACUGGCAAAAUGUGCAAUUAUAUACGUUUGGUGUUAUAUUCAACAUGGGAUGGCUUAUUUAUGGUGACUUCAAAGCUGGAUUUGAGAGGGGUCCAUGGUGGCAGCGUCUGUUUAAUGGCUAUUCUAUCACAACAUGGAUGGUUGUGUUCAAUUUAGGGUCUACUGGCCUGCUAGUCUCAUGGUUGAUGAAGUAUUCCGACAAUAUAGUCAAGGUGUACUCAACUUCAAUGGCGAUGCUUUUAACAAUGGUAUUGUCAAUAUAUCUUUUCAAUGUGAGAGCUACACUUCAGCUUUUCCUAGGCAUUGUCAUCUGCAUAAUCUCUCUGCAGAUGUAUUUUAUGCCAGUGAACAUGCUUGUUGAAUUACCACAAACAUUGCCUGUUACUUCAAAGUAGGUACAUGCCACUGAAGUUUAACCUGUUGAUCAGUGUGGAAAGAGCAAAUAGUUGGUUAUAUACAGCUCAGAUUUAGUGAGUAAUCCCAUGGAAAUUUGAGGCUGCAAUCUCAACAGCAUAUGUGUACAGAGUCAUGUUUCAGAUUACGUGAAAAAAGGGUGGAGUGAACAUGGAAUAUCAGUAGACAAAAGGUUUACUGCUAUUCUUUGCUAAAUUUUUGGCAAAGAAGUGAAGCUGAUUGCUUUAGAAAAGGAAAUUUGAAAUAUGUACACAUUCUUUAGUUAGUGCUUAAUGGUUUAUUCACCUUGUAUCAAAAUUUGACAUUCAGUAGAUGCAAAACUGGUGAGUGAAGAUGAAAUAUCAAAUCUUUGCAGAUAAUGUAUGUAUUUUUCUAGCAGAAUUGCAGCAUUCAAUUUUUUUAUCACUUUUAUGCUUCAGGUAGGAUUCAAAACUUCUACAUUAUCUCUUAU